ACGAGUCAGAAUUACCAAAUGUUUGACAUCCAGUAACCGAUGAUUAAUUAAUCAAUGUGUUCCAGUGAUGUCGUUAAACAAAACAAACUUUUUUGUUCAUAGGGUAAAGCGCGAAGAGACAAACAAACAAAAAAAGACAAACAAAAACAAAAAGAAGAAAGAAAAAAAGACAGCCAAAGAAUCAUAGCACGUGCCAUCUUCUCAUCUGACGUCAUCUUUCCAACUACGUCAUCAGUGCCGCCCGCACGACCAUCGUCAUGGCUGACGGGUCUCACUCGUUCCACAUCGCCGAUUACUCGAUAUUCGCCGUCACCAUGGCGAUCUCCAUAGGAAUCGGGAUAUACUUCGCGCUGUCGGGCGGCAAGCAGCGCUCCACAUCGGAGUACCUGGUGGCGGGCCGCUCGCUCGGGUUUCUUCCCGCCGCCAUAUCGCUGAUGGUGUCGUUCGAGUCGUCCAUCAUGAUGCUGGGCAUGCCGGCCGAGGCAUACGUCUACGGCUUUCAGUACUGGAUCGGAUCGUUCGGCUUCUUCGUCGCACAGAUGUUGGCCAACUUCAUCAUGGUGCCAUUGCUGCACCCGCUUAAGAUUACCAGUGCAUACGAGUAUUUGGAGAUGCGGUUCCAGUCUCGGGCUGUGCGACUGAUGGGAACGUUUAUUGGAAUCGUGUCGUAUAUAUUUUAUAUGGGUAUUGUACUGUUUGGACCAGCCAUUGCUUUACAAGCGGUCACGGGAUUCCCUCAGUUUGGGUCAAUUUUCCUUGUCGCAAUAGGGGCCAUAAUAUAUACAGCAAUUGGCGGACUGAAAGCCGUUAUAUGGACUGAUGUGUUCCAGGCUUUUGUCAUGUUCGCCGGGCUGUUUGCCGUCCUCAUCAAGGGUUCAAUAGACGGGGGCGGAGUGAUCGCCGUUUGGACACGGGCUAAGAACGCUGGCAGACUUAACAUCUUUAAUUUCGACCCCGACCCCACCGUGCGCCACACGUUCUGGAACCUGUUCUUCGGCAAGUUGUUCCGCGGUUUCAGUCUCAACCUGAACCAGUCGUCCGUGCAGAGGAUCGCCUCCACCAAGACCAUCAAAGACGCCAGAUUCAUGAUGUUCUUUAUGGCCCCAGCUUUCUUCAUGUCCCUGACUCUGGCGCUCAUGGAAGGAAUCGUUGCCUAUGGUUACUAUGAGGGCAUUCGAUGUGAUCCGCUCGAGUCGGGGCAGAUAACGGAUCCAAACCAGAUCAUUCCUUAUAUGGUGAUGGACAUCUUCAAGAAUAUGCCGGGAAUGCCGGGACUCUUUCUAGCCUCCUUGUUCAGCGCAUCCCUGAGCACGGUGUCAUCCGGGCUCUCGAGCGUGUCUGCACUCACAUGGACAGACAUACUGAAACCACACGUACCCAAUCUGCCCGACAACAAGGCGACCAUCAUCGCGAAAGUGUCAGUUGUGGUUUACGGACUUCUCGCUUGCGGAGUCGCCAUCUUGGUCUCCAUGAUAGGAGGGACUCUAACUCAGAUUACCACUUCACUCCUAUCAGCUUUUGGAGGACCCCUAGCGGGGAUAUUCUGGUUGGCUAUAUUCUGUCCUAUAGCAAACGCCAAGGGCACACUGAUUGGUGGCAUCGUGGGACUGGCGUUUGGUUGUUGGCUCAGCAUUGGGUCGAGUUUCUCCCCCUCCAUCCACCGACUCCCGUUCCUGCCCCCCGCCCCCACUGACAACUGCCCGCACCUGAACAUGACAAGCAGCUACCCCUGGAUCCUCAACAGCACCGCAGUGGUCAACCAGUCACUACUUACGGAGGCUGCCACACAAGCCGUCACAGAGGCGGCAUACGUCGAACCAGUGGGGAUUGAACGCGCGUACCUGCUGUCAUACACGCUUUACUCGACGUUCGGGACGCUGUCGGUGAUGUUGAUCGGUGUGCUGGCGAGCAUUGCAACAGGAUGCAACAAGAAGCAGAGGGUUCCGUCCAAGUACCUGGCCGCGAUGGGAGAAAACCUGUGUUGUUGUCUCCCCCAGAGAGUCAGGGACUUCCUCAACUACGGAGAGCAAGAGGAAACGUCUGAGGAUGAAGAGGAUGUGUAUGAUUUGGAGAAGACGAUAAACGGCCCUAAGACCGAAGACCCGCUGCUGUUUAACGGGACAUCGACGGGCAACACGCUGUUCAGUUCCGACUCCAACCUCAAGAAGAGGAGUCUGACUAGCAACACGGGGAGCGUGGCAGACAUCGACCUCCUGGUGCGAACCGCGUCCGAGGAAAUCAUAUCAGUGACUUGAACUCGCGUCAAGCAUCUCAACUCGGCAACUCCGUCUCUGUACAUAGUUAAUAGCUAUUCAUGAGUUGAUAAAAGAAACUGAACUCUCACAAUUAUAAACUGAAAUUCCAACAGUAUUAAAGAUUGGACCUGUGUUGGUAAAGGCAACACAC